AUGGGCGGCAUAGAUGGCAAUCUUUACCUCAGCAUGUUGAAUGGGAGCGACGCGCAAACUUUCGGGAAGGACAAUGAAAUCAACAGUCACCUUCACCGCGGCGGCAAGGAUUUAAGCGACUUCAAAAUGGGGAUUCAGGACGCACGGUUUUUCUACCCGGACUCCGUUCAGAGCGGGCAGGACGCCCUGGCGCUGCCGUACCACGCCGAGCAGACGGCCGGCGGACUCGGCGCGCAGCCCGGCCGCUUUUACUCGCCGACCCUCGGUACCGCCGGCUGCCCCUUCGGCGGCGUGCGGUCCCCGGCGCGGAGCGGGACAGGGCAGGGCUACAUCCCGCUGCCCGGGGAGGCUAAAGAAGUUUACCCCGCGUCUCCGGAGAGUUACCCGGCCGCCUUUCAGCACGGCUACCCGCGCACUCCGCUGUACCCUUUACCUGGUCUGCAGGUGUGCGGCAAGACGCAAGCGCUCCUCAACAACUACCCGCUGUGGGCCAAGUUUCACAAAUUCCAGACGGAGAUGAUCAUCACCAAACAGGGACGGAGGAUGUUUCCCUUUCUAAGCUUCAACAUCAGCGUUUUGGACCCAUCGGCCCACUAUAAAGUCUACGUAGACGUGAUCCUGGCGGACCAGCACCACUGGCGGUACCAGGGAGGCAAGUGGGUCCAGUGCGGCAAAGCAGAGGGCAAUAUGCCAGGGAAUAGGACGUACAUGCACCCUGACUCUCCCAACACAGGCGCUCACUGGAUGAGACAGGAAGUGUCAUUUGGCAAGCUAAAGCUCACCAACAACAAGGGCAGCAACAACAAUGUGGCACAGAUGAUUGUGCUGCAGUCACUCCAUAAGUACCAGCCCCGUCUUCACAUAGUGGAGGUGAAGGAGGAUGGCUCUGAGGAGCCCUUCCUCUCCGCCAAGGCCCAGACCUUCAUCUUCCCUGAGACCCAGUUCAUCGCCGUCACUGCCUACCAAAAUGCAGACAUCACCCAGCUGAAAAUAGACCAUAACCCCUUCGCUAAAGGUUUCCGCGACAAUUACGACACGCUGUACGCUCCUCCUGACACCGACCGCCUCACUCCUUCUCCUACGGAGAGCCAGCAGCUGCUGCCGGGGACCUGCUACCCCCAGAGCUACCUGUCCGAGCAGUACAUGAGCCCUCUGCCGCAGAGCCGCCUCUACAGCCGGGAACACAUUAGCAUGAGCCAGCAACCCAAGGAACCGUCCUCCAGCCCCGGCCCCCACGGUCGCUGGUACCUGCCCCCACAGCAGAGCAUGGCCCCCAGCCGGCUCGACUUCACCUCCUCCUACGAGGGGGAUUUCUCCAGCAAUGGCUUCUACAAGCCUUUCCCCCUGCAGACAUCAGCCCAUCACCACCACCACCACCCACUUGGCUACUACCCAGAUCACCCCUUCGCCUCCAGCGGUGUGUCUGUAUCAGGGGCCUCAUCAGUGGGCUGGAGCACCAGUCGGCCUUCCCCUCCAUACCUCAGUCACCCUAGUAAACCCAGCCCCAGUCUGGGUUGGUUCAGGCCCAUGUCUUCAUCGUCAUCUUCCUCCUCUUCCUCCUCCACAUCACCCGGUCACCCCAGGCUGCAGCCUGCCUCCCUGCUAGAGCCACUCCGGCCAGCCCUGCUGCAGGACAAGCCCAAAGAGGCCGGGGUGGUGGUCAUGGGGGAGGACCCCUGGCUCGAACCCCCCUCUGUCAAAUCAGUGGACUCCACUGACUCGGGCCUGUUUGAAGGCGGCGUGGGUGAGAGCAAGAAGAGGAGGGUGUCACCGUACACAUCUAGCACGGAGAACUCCCCCCCAGCGCGCGGAGGGGAGGUCUGUGAGAAGGACAGCAGCAGUGAUGCAGGCUACUAUGGCUUUUACACUCAAUAAAGACCUCGUAGCGCAAUGUCUUUCAAAACCACAAUCUCUCGCAGCAUCUGCCACCACCCCCUACACCCACCACCAACCCCCCCACCCCCAUCUUGUGACAGGAUGUCUCCCUGAUGGCUGUGCAUAUUUGUCUGAGGUCGUGUUAAAGGGCUGCAGAAGCCUCGCAUUGGCUGAGGACAAAAAGUCAGGGUUAAAUGACGGCACUUGGUACCUCAGUUAUUUUUCACACCACCACCCACAGCGCAGUGAGUUUAUUUUUAAAAAAAAGAAAGAAGCCCAGGAGCAGCCAGUUGAUCGCGAGAAUAACUUUCAAACAGUUAACAGUAAACAAGAAGCCGAGUGGAUUUGACUGGUCUUAGACAUUGGCCUUGAGACAUAUAAACACCAAACCAACAGACCUGUGACUUAAAGCUGUCAAACAUCUGGAGAUUACAACAAAACAAAAAAAAAAAAACAAUCUGCAUACCUGCUUGCUGACAGACCCCUGCAGGGAUUGUCUGUUCUUUCCACAUCACAUCCCUCCCCUGCAUCUCUGGUUUUCUCUGUCUUAUGUCUUUCUCUAUGAAAUUAUCUAUUUAUGUUUCCAGUCCUCCUCACCCCCCCCCCCCCGUCCAUGUACAUGCACACACAGUUUUCAACGACAACGUAAUCGCGUUCAUUUUCUCUCAGUUUGAGGGGGUACUGUCAGGCUACAUAUGAAUAAAUUCUGAACGUGCAUCUCAUCCCUCUUUACUACCCCAGCCAAUAUUUCUGAUUUAGCUCCGACUAGUGGUAACAUAAGAAAAUUGUAAGAUGAUGGUAACAAAGGGCAAUGGCCAGUGUCUGGGAUCAUCAUAAUGGUGACGAGAGUUUAGUAAGCACGGUCUGCAAUAUGACUGCAUAUCUCUCUCCACCCUGCUAGCACAGGUGUGUGUGUGUGUGUGUGUACCAGAUUUUUCUAUCCUAAUGGGGACCAAACAUCAUCAUUAGGAUGGAAAAACCAGAAACCACCUACCUUGUGGGGACAUUUUAUGGGUCCCCAUGAGGAAAAGGGUCUGUUUUAGGGUUAAGACUUGGGUUUAGGGUUAAGGUUAGAAUUAGGAUCAGGUUAAGGUUAGGGUAAGGGUUAAGGUUAGGCAUGUAGUUAUGAUGGUUAAGUUUAGGAUUAAGGGCUAGGGAAUGAAUGUAGUCUAUGUGGGGUCCCUACUAGUAUAGGAAGACAUGGUAUGUGUGCGUGCAUGUGUGUGUGUGUGUGUGCAUGUGUGUGUGUGUGUGUGUUACAUUAAAAGGCAUAGCCAAAACGGCAACCCUGAAAAUUAUAUGCAGUCAAGCUCCACAGCUUCAUUAAUGUCAAAUUUAUAGAAAUGACACAUUGCAACAGCAGUAAUCAGCUUGUAUACACCCAAUAGUUUUUAUCUGUAAAAAAUAAAUGAAAUACUUAAUUUAGGAUCACAGUUUACUUUAACCUAAGAACUUUUCUCUUCUUGGAUAGCACUCCAUCACUCCAUCACUAUCUGGGUACUUGCAUGCCUUGGCUAACUAUCUGCGGGUUAAUUUUCAUGCCCAUUUUUAGAGUCGAGACAUCAGACAAUCAAUUUUUAAAAUGUCAACGUUAUUACCAUCAUGAUAGGUAAACAACAUGAUGGGUAAACGAGCAAAUACAAAUGACAGGUUUAGAUGUUUGGUACAAUGGUCUUGUACUUGUACGGAUGGAUGAUUGCAUACCCUUUUCAUGCAUUUGCAUUGCCCCUGCUUAGCCCCGCCCCUCGAUGAGUAUCUGUUCUAGAAAAUGUGUGUACAAAGACCGGCAUGGUUUCAUAUCUUGGCACUGGCAGUGAACCAUGCCUGGCAUGGGCUGCUUGCCUUAGAGGGGGAAAAAUGCUUCAUUGUAACAAAUGCCCAGCUUUCUGCUGCAAUCAGUCAAUACAAAAAUGUCCACAUCACCACACACG